UGUAUAUUGAUGCCUACUCAUGAAUGUUGGACAAUGAAUUGUUAUUAGAAUAUGGAUUUCUCAAGCUUCCCACUCGUGUGUCAUUGGGGAGGGAACUAUUAUGAGAAUGGUGGGCAAAUAUGCCAUGAAGGUGGUAGAACCAGCUUUGUCAUGGUUUCUCGUGGCGCUUGCAUGCUCGAGAUCCUUCAAAAAAUACAUGCAACCACAAUGAUUCAUCCCGACCGUUCUUUGCGGUUGAAAAUGAAAUUUCCCAUGAACGGGGGAAAGUACAUGCUUAUGCCGCUCAUUGAUGAGCCAGCUAUAACAAAUAUGUGGGGCAUAAUUCAGAUGGAGGAUAUGUCGACGCUUGAGAUCUACAUUGAGGAAUGCUGUGACGCUUAUGCUACUCAAUCAACAUCAAAUGCUGUUGUAUUUAGGCAUGAUGUCAAUGCAGGGAACUCCUCAAAGGCUCCUGUACUGGACAUGGUUAUACAGGAAGAUGGUAGGUAUUUGUACAACGGUGCAUCAUUUGUGAAUGAGCAGGGAAGUGAUGAUGAUGCUGACGAGAACAUCAAUGGUGAUGACAUGACAGAAUCUGAUGAAGAUGAUGGUGAUACUGUCACGACAACUGCCCCGUCUAGCCACUUUACUAGAAUGUAUGAUCUCCCUGAAGGCUUUACUGAUGCGUGGAUGCGUGGAUCAGGUGAGAAAAGGUUUACCCUCGAUGGUGAGUUUGAGGUCGGUCAACAGUUUGACAAUAAAGAACAAGUCAUCAAUAUGGUGAGCUUGUAUUCUAUCAAACGGAACCAAUUUUAUCGGGUGAUAGAGUCCGAUAAACACAAAUGGGUGGCACAAUGCAAAAGGAAGAAAGAAUGUGAUUGCCCCUAGAGAAUACGCGCCACAAAGAACAAAGGCAAGCUUGACACCUUCACAAUUGUGCGUUAUCCUGGACCUCAUCCUGCUUCGUGCGUUGGCAACACCGACACUACAAAUCACGUGGCUUUGACUUCAGAUUUCAUCUCUAAAGAUGUGAUUGACAUUGUUCGCACUGAUCCUUCCCUUAAAGUGCAUACUAUCAUUGAGAUGCUGAAGGAAAAAUAUGGGUAUACGGUAUCAUACCGGAGAACAUGGAUGGGGAAGCAAAAGGCCAUAGCAGAAAUAUUUGGCGGUUGGGAGAAGUCAUAUUCUGAAUUGUCCCGUUUCAUGACAGCGCUCCAACAUUCAAAUCCUGGAACUGUUGUGCAGUGGUACCCACCCCCCAAUACUCCCACAGGUUAUAUGCAGUUUCAAAGAGUUUUUUGGGCAUUCAAGGCAUCAAUACAUGGUUUCAAGCAUUGUCGACCCGUACUUACUAUUGAUGGCACACACUUGUAUGGAAAGUACAAGGGUACAUUGCUCGUGGCCAUGGGUUGUGAUGCGAACAACCAAAUAUUUCCAGUGGCCUUUGCAGUUGUUGAAUCUGAGAAUGGAGAUAGUUGGCCAUGGUUUAUGUGUAUUAGGCAGUUUGUCACUAAUAGGGAAUUGUGUGUCAUUUCUGAUAGACAUGGAGGUAUUGUCAGGGCAAUGAAUGAGGUGGACAGUACUUGGGAGGAGCCUUAUGCGUAUCAUAGGCUAUGUAUCCGCCAUCUUGCAUCAAAUGUGCACACUCAUUUCAAAGACAUUCAUCUAAAAAAUCUUUUUGUCUGGACCGCACGGCAACAUCAGAAAAAGAAAUAUGAUGGUGGGUUCAAGAAGAUAGGUGAAAUGAAUUUGGAGGCACGACAAUUUUUGGCCAACAUUCCCCCGGAAAUGUGGUCACUUCACCACGAUGGCGGGUACAGAUACGGUACCAUCACUUCUAAUCUGGCAGAGAUUUUCAAUAACGUCAUGAAAAAUGCUAGAUAUUUGCCCAUCACCGCCUUGGUCCAGGUUUCUUUUUACCGGGUUAAUGCUUAUUUUGUUAAUAGGCGUGAAACCAGUAAAAUGAGGCUCACACAAGGCCACGAGUACUCCCCACACAUCACAGAUUUAAUUGAUAAAAAUAGAGAGAAGGCAAAGCAUCAUAGUGUCACUCCAUUUGAUUUAGGCCGAGGUAUAUUUCAAGUGGAAACCGGUUGUGGUGGCCGAACGUUGGGAAAGGGUGGGAGAAAACAAAUUGUCCAUCUACAACGGAAAACUUGCACUUGUAAAAAGAUGGAGAUAUAUAAGAUUCCAUGCUCUCAUGUGUUAGCCGUGUGUAGACAACGUAGUUUGUCUUAUGCUCCAUUUGUGGAUAAGUUUUUCUCAUCUGACCAAUAUGCCACCACUUAUCAUAGAGUCUUCAAACCGAUUCCUGAUCGUGAUUAUUGGCCUACUUACAAUGGACCCGAAAUUGUGCACGAUCCAUCCAUGCUUCGGGCUAAAAGAAGACCAAAGUCGACACGUAUUAAGAAUGAGAUGGAUGAAGGUCCACGAGGAACGGUUAGAUGUGGAAAAUGCCACCAAACCGGCCAUAAUAGAGCCACAUGUGCGAAGAGAUCGUCUAGACACGAGGGGGGUCCGCUGGGUAAGGUUCUAUUUAGCGUCAAUCACAAUUCAUGUUUUCGUUGCAAGAAAAAAUAAUAAUUUCAAAAAAGGAUGUAAAAAAAAAAGAAUUAAUAUAUUAUUGAAUAAUAACUAAUACAAUUUUGUUUGUUUGUAGGCAUGGAGGUGACAGCGGAUCCUGGGCCGAGUGAUCGUUCUGUCUUGACAUUGCAGGCCUCGCACAGGAGUGAGGAUGUUUGGCUUGGCAUGGAUGUUCAGGUGGAUAGGUGCCGCGAGCACCUGCGGGGUUUGUCGCAUUUGCACGUCGACGACAAAGUACUAGCCUAUGUUGGUGCUGCGGGUUUUUAUACUCUGCACAGAUUAGUGGCUACUGUGCCUCUAGAUAGAGCGCUUCUCACUGCUCUACUUGAGCGUUGGAGGCAGGAGACACACUCAUUUCACCUCCCUGUUGGUGAGGUGACAGUGACAUUGGGAGAUGUUGCUGUACUUACCAGGUUAGAGGUUCAUGGGAGAGCUGUUACAGGCACUGCUUGUCGACAGUGGGUAGAUGAGUGUGAGUGGUUGUUAGGUAUCCGCCCCGUUCUUAGGACUGACCUUCAGGGGUCAUCUCUGAGGAUGCCAUGGUUGAGGGAGCACUUCCAGGUGCUUCCUCCAGACGCUGAUGAGGUGAUGAUCCAGCAGCAUGCCCGGGCAUAUAUAUUGAUGAUGAUGGGAGCCUCCAUUUUCGCUGACAAGAGCGGAAAUGAGAUUCAGGUGCUGCACUUGACUUUGCUAGAGAGGUUUGAUGUGGCAGCACAGUUGAGCUGGGGUAGUGCCACGCUGGCUUAUCUGUACAGACAGCUUUGUCGCGGCUGCCAGAGAGGGAGCACAGAGCUUGGGUGAUUUUUGCUACUUCAGAUUUGGUCAUGGGAGUAUAUCCACAUUGGGCGUCCCAUUAUAGUCGCAUAUCGUGGCAUUGAUGGACACCCACUGCCUGAUGAGCCUCCACGUCUUCUAGGACCACAUCAUGUACGGGGCGAGGACCCUCUAGGCCGUCGAUGGCUAUAUGCUGGUCUAUCUCGCAUGUCAUCCGCUACUGGGCUCGGUGUGUACAGGGAUGCAUUUGAUCGGAUGUCUGAGGAUCAGAUUACAUGGAUUCCGUUUACACCUGAGAUGUUAGCAGAGUUGCCCCCAGCUGGACGAGAGCAUACUCACAUAUGGCGAGCACGUGUGCCGUUGAUAUGUUUUGACAUUGUUGAGCUUCAUUUUCCUGAUAGAGUGUUGCGACAGUUUGGGUUUGAGCAGGUCAUUCCACGGCCUAUCGACACUUAUGUUGAGCUGCAUAGGCUGGAUAGGCCUGGGAAGCAUACAGAGGAUUGGUCACUCAGACAUGUCCGAUACGUCACUAUGUGGGAAAGGCGAGCUGAGCUAGUUGUGGCUGGGACACCGACAUUUGUCCCAUCUGUUUCAGGAGACUACAUGGGAUGGUAUUACAGCAUCACUCGUUUGUUUGUGUCUCCUUCGUUCAGACUCCCUACUCAUCAUUAUCAGCCUAGCUCCUUGGCUUUGCAUCUUACGAUGAGUAUAUUAGUAAUUAGUAAAACACGAGCUUUGCAGCGCAUACAUCAGCGGGCUACUGCCACAGUGACUGAUAGUCAUGAUGUGGACAUGUAUGGACAGGCUCUGACAGGCAUUUCCUCCUUGUGUUCAGAUGUGUUGGGGCGAGUCGACUACGGCCAUCUUAUACACAUGCCCCCAUCUCAGGAGAUGCCAUCCACAUCUAGUGCAGCGGCAGCUUCAUCAUCCCAGACGCAGCAUGAGAGAGUGGUUCUUCAACCACGACAACGGCGUAGGCGUAGACAUGAGCAACAACAUCUCCAUGACGAAGCUGACGAUGGGAACUUGUAGUUUGUCUUUUGUAUUGCAUUUUUUCUUAUACAGUAGAUGUUGUAGGAACAAUUUACAACAUUUGACGUAUUUUCUUUUGUAAAGUCUUGUAUGUUGUCUUGAUGUGUUCGAGUAUGAAUAUUAGAUGAUUACUUGUUAUGAGUAUUGGAUGAUUGUACUGUGUUAUACCGGUUAUGAAUGUAAGGUUUUGUAUUUGAUUUGCAAA